AACAGAAGAGCUCCAUUUGGCCUUUGUUAUGUUUGCACUACAAAUGUACUCUCUAUAAACGGGAGCAGGGUGAGUGUGUGACUGUGAAACACAGGAAGCAAGCUGAAGUCAAACCAUUAGAAGCUGUGUGCAUUGGGAACUUUGUGAUUCUCUACCUUCAGUGAUGUUUAUAUGAAUGUUAUUAGUUUGAAAACUCUUUUCACACUCGCUCGGGUAAGCAAUUAGAAAUGUCUGCCUGCGGGUUUGCUUUGUAUGCUAUUUGAAAACUGAAGUCACAGGUGAGCGGACGACGUUAGAGUCAAGACAUGGCAACGAUUUGUGACUCGUGUAGGCAGCACCUGAAGAAUUUUAUGGAGUGGAUAGAGAGGGCUUCCGAAGAUCUCCUGGAGAGAAUAAAAGAGUUCUUCAAGAAUAUACAGUGUUGUUCCUGCCUGAAGCCGAAAAGAACAAAGUCAGGCCAUCGUAACAUGCCCGUUCUGCAACAACAUGAAAAAGAGGCUGCUCAGGAGUUUUUACAACACAUUGAGGAAGCCUCAGAAAAUAAUGUGAUUGAUAUGGAAAGCUUGAAGGUUUUGCAAACACUAGCUGCUUCUGAAAAUCCAAGUCUACAACAAUCAGCUGCUCUCUACUAUUUACACAUCAGUGAGGAAUUGAAGAGUGAGUUGCCUGAAGAAUACCUGGAGCCAUAUCAUAAUUUGUUACAGUCCAGUGAUUUGGAAGUGCAAAGGAAGACAUCUCUCUCUCUGGUCAAUCUCUUGGUGGAGGGUAAUGUGAACAAAGAGACGGUGGUGCAGAUUGGGCUGUUGGAACCUAUACUGGAACUGCUUGGUUCUGGAGAUGCCACUGUACAAUGCAACUCUUGUGCAAGCAUCGCAUCUUUGGCCACCUCAGCAUUCAACAGGGAAGUUAUUGCCUCUGAAGGGGGAAUUAAUCCUCUGCUGGUUCUUGCAAAGUCAUAUGAUCCUCGAGUGCAACAGAAUGCAGUGGGCGCCAUCCUCAACCUUUCAAGAUCAGAAAAGAUUCAACAUUUGCUCUGCAAAAAAAAGGCUCUCCCUGUCUUGAUCCUUCAUUUACAAUCUCCUGACUCAGAGGUCCAGUAUUACAGUUGUGCUGCAUUGAGCAACAUAGCAACCAACCCACAUCACCAUCAAUCCAUGCUUCAAAUAGGGGAUGGCAUUCUUCUCAAGAUGCUACUGUCUCUCAUGUCUUCCUCAGUGGAAAAGGUUUGCUGUCAAGCAUGCUACUGCCUCAGGAACUUGUCUCUAAAUAAAAACAUUCAAGCGGACAUUGUGACUAUGAACUGCUUGGCUCAACUGCAUGAUUUGCUGAAAUUCCCCAGUGUCAAUGUAAAUGAAGCAGCCCUGACCUUACUCAGCACUCUGGCAGAGAACCACUCCAACAUGGAUGCUAUUAUGUCAGAAAAUAUCUUGAACACCUUAGGAAAGCUACUGCUAGUUCACAAAACAAAUCCUGGAAUCAGUUAUCUUGGUGCUACCAUUAUCCAUAAAUUAGCCAGAAGUGAAACUCAGCAGGCUAUUAUUGACAGUCGAUGUGCUGCAGCUCUGCUCCAGGCCCUCAGGUACUUUAGUGUCAACACUGAGACCUUGGUGCAUGUGACAGCUUGCAUUGCUGAGCUCACAAAGCAAGAAACAAUAAGAACACUAAUAAUACAAGAAUUAGAUGUGAACACAGUAGCUCAUCUACUAAUUCUCACGGCUCAGUCUGAAAAUAAUGAUCUCUCCUUCCAAGCAGCAUGUAUAAUCUGCCACCUUGGAGUACACGAAAUGUUUACCUUGUUGUUGAGACCACAUACGAAGGAGAUUGUUGAUUACAUCUUACAUUUCCUCCAACAUCAAGAAAUUAGAUUUCAACAUCUGGGCCUUUUAACUUUACGGAAUCUAAAUAAAGAUCCUUAUUUUGUAGCAGUGUUUGAUGAAACUGAACUGACGGUGCAACUGAGAAGGGUUUGUCAGCAAACGUCUGAAACACAAGAACUGCUCCAAGCGGUUUUAUUCCACAACAACGAGGAACAGCAAAAACAUCAAAAAAUCAACGAGAAUACUUGAGUUUACCAACUUUGAAGUCAGCUGGAACAUGAAGAACACAGGAAAAAGCAAAGGAACACUUUUGGACCUAAGUUUACCUGAGGUUCAUUAAGUAUUGACAAUUAUGCUUGUUUUAAAAAUGGUAUUAAUAAAUUUUAAAAGUUGGUGCAUUAAUUAAGCAAUUUUGAAAUAAUAUUCAUGAGAGAGGGACUAAGUUUUUUGUCUUCCUCUCCUAUACUUUUAAUAUUUUGUAGUAGGAAGCAAGAUAAUUUAUUUACCCACAAAUAGCAAUAAUAGAAUAAGAGAUUGGGUCAAGAUGAUGGUUUCAUAAUAAUAGCGCAAUUUAGGACAGAACAUUUCAAUUCUACUCUAAUAAUACACAUAUUACUGAGUAAUAACAUAUUACUUUGCUCCAUAAACCAGGGUGUGGAUUUUAAUAGUUAUUACUGAGUUUAGUAUUAAAGGUUUGCACAAAGUUGAUGAACUGCAUAACAGGAUUAGCAUACAACAAAGCUAAUUGUAUAAACAUAGCCUUGAUCCAAAACUGUUUUCUAAACUUUUAAGCUUCUAAUUUUUCCCCCGCGUAUAAUUAUUUUUAAACUGACAUGUUUUUUUAUAACUACAUAUUCUUAGGCUUCACACCAUUUUGUACCUAUUGCAAAUGUUGAAAGGAAAGCUGUAUAUUUCAGAAAAUAACUUAAAACUUAUGAUAUAAUUUCUCAAAACAGUGACAGCACAAUUCUCAUUUUAUGUAGACCAUGUUGUGUCGUGAGCUUAAAAUUAGAGUUGAAUCAGUUCUGUUCUCACCAUUGGUACUACUUGUGCAGCUGUUGACAACUGAGUGUCAGUUACAGACUCGAAGGGUCCAAUGGCCUACUCCUGCACCUAUUUUCUAUGUUUUUACAUUCCAUGACUUUGCAUUCCCUCAUAAGAUGGUGAUGAAAAGCAUGGAAGAUGCUCCAGAAAAUUACUGACCCAUCAUUUACAAAGGGUAGAAAUAGCAAGUGGUCUCAGUCAGUGUCAUUACUAAACCUGCGGCAAUAAUAUCUCAGUGCACUUAAGAGUUAAUGUUUCCAGAGAUUUACACCUUUAUUGGUGUGUUGAAAUUAUCAAUGGGAAUGGACAUGUCGCAGAAAGAUGAAUAGAUCUACAAUACUGGCUAAUAUCUGACACCAUAGGUAUAUUAGAAGUCUAUUGAAUGCAAGUUGACCAAAUUAAACAAAAGGCAUGAGAAUUUAA